GCCGGAUACGAGGCUGAUUGUCACUAGAUAAAGCCAUCAGAAUCACAAACUAAUGAGGAAAUGAAUUUAAGAUUAGAAAAAUGAGGAACGGCUGGGAAGCAAAAUGACCAGAUUCGCCCCUCCCAAGCAGAGAAUGCGUCUGACUGAAACCCUUGAAUGGGUAAGACAGCAGGGAGAGUUGACAGAAGAAGCAGACCACAACUCCACCUCAGCCAACUAUUUGUGUGUGAAAUUGCGAGCAUUUAUACCGUGCCCUUGAACUCACUCAGAACUAAUGUGGAAGAGUUGAAGAAGGCUGGAUUUGGGGAGAAUCCCCGAUAUGAGUGCUUUGUGGCCGAAGUUCCCCCUGAGCAAAAAAGCAAGGAAGGCCACACUAUUAUUGGGUACACCCUGUUCACUCGCACCUACAACACGUGGAGAAGAAAAAACAUCUACAUGGACAAUCUCUACGUCAUGCCAGAAUUUAGAGGGAGGUGUAUUGGAAGUGAACUGAUGGACCGAGUGGCAGAGGCCGCUUGGAGCCAAGGCUAUACCCAACUCCGAAUGCAUGCUUCUGCCAAGAAGCCAGAAGUCAUACAAUUCCAAGUGCAACGUAAAGGCGAAGACCUCACCAUCAAAGAAGGCUGGCAUCUCUUCCGUUUUCCCAACGAGGUGCUACACAAACUGGCAGCUCAGAGCAAAUUCUAGUGGUCCCACCACACCCCAAACCCCGGGAUGAGUUUUGUGGCUGGAGAAAAACAACAUAUCUGGGUCGUGGGGUGUGGGGAAGAAAGCACAGCCGAGUGUCUCCAGUUCACUGAGG